UAUGGAUAGUGAAAAAAUUCAAUAUGAUUUUACAAUGGACUAGUCAUUUGCUUAGGCUAUACAUGGCUCAAAACCCUGCAUUUCAUACAAAUUAGGUGUUUGUUACAAUGGGGCAAAGAAAAUGUGAGGGAAAAAACAUUAAUUAUUCACAUGUCCAAUUGUCCAUCAAACGAAAGAAACAGUGCCAACAGCUAUUUGGUCCCGCAUGGGACGGUCGCGCAACCCUGCUUUGUGUGCGUUUAGGCUACUGAGACUGCACUUCCUGGAUUUCGGCUAGUCAUUGCGCGCACCCAUGUCCCAUAGACGCGACGGGGUUCUUGUGUGUGUGGUAUCUAGUGGAGAAGAACGAGAGCCUGUCCAUAAUAUAUACUAUUUGCUCAUAUUAAGGUUUAUCCUAGGCUAGAUCAAUUUAACGCUUUAUCCAGGAGAGACAUCGAUGCGCUUUGAUUUCCCUCUACGUGAGACGGUUCCGGACGGCGGCGUUCUGGUCCGAUUCAAACAGGUGGAACACGAAUCAGGUGGAGUUGGGAGGAGGAGGGUAUCACGACAGUCCAGGCUGCUAUAUCCAUUCCUUCUAAUUAGUAGCGGAUCCGUGCCAAAAUAUGCACUCCUUCUUUUUCUAGCCUUACUUAUCGUCAAAUAGGCUACCACGUUUUAUUGUCUUCUUCGGAACAGUAAAACUGUAAUAUUCAAACUGCGAAUCUUUAUAGAUUGGAGACCUUUAACACACAGGUGGGAGAUACCCGUUGAGUAGGACGGCCCCUCUUUCAGUUCCUCAGCGCAGGAAAUGAGCUACUGACAUUUGUUAUUACCCUUUGGGACAGGAGGAGAACGGUUUCCGCUAACAGGUGUGAGAGCACACCAAUCGUCAUUGCCUGAUACGGAAUCCUUCCUCAUUGUUCGCAGAAAUAUCAAUCUAACUCGUAUAUGGCUCCCUUUCUAGCCAGGAGAGGGACAUUUAACAGUUAAUUUAAACAAAUCGAUAAAUCGAAUAAAAUAGUGUAUUAUUAGUGUUUGGAGUUAUUUUUGAGAUCCCGACCUCCUAUUUAAAGGGACACGGGACAUCAGAGCUCCAUGUCAACGAAAAUACCCAGCGUGGAUUUACCCAAAAGGAGCAGAAGCCCGGUGGUGUUAGGAGAGAUGUUCGGCGAAUUUCAGAACUGGUGUCUCCGUACUUACGGGGAUUCGGGUAAAACAAAGACAGUCACCCGGCGAAAAUACAAUAAGAUUCUCCAGACCCUUUCACACACGGAUGAGUCGGACCCCGUCUACAUAGAUAGCAACCACAUCAACGCCAAAUUCAAAUUCUGGGUGAAGUCCAAAGGGUUCCUUGUCGGGACCAUUCAAGGGGACCUGAACAAGAAUGGAGCCGCCGACAGACCUGUCCUGUACGUCCCUAUCAAGGCGACGUGUGUGGAUGGGGGCUCUGGGUCCGACUCCUCUCUGAAGAGGGUGGCGGUGGUGGAAGACUUCUUUGACAUCAUCUAUUCCAUGCACGUAGAUAUCAGCACCGACCCCGGCAAAUCACCCAAACACGCCGGACAGAAAAAGACCUACAAAGCGAUUGCGGAGACGUAUGCCUUCCUGCCCAGGGAGGCAGUGACCCGUUUCCUGAUGAGCUGUGGCGAGUGUCAGAAGAGGAUGCAUAUCAGCCCUGUCGGCGCAGAGUUCAAAGAGAAUGACAGACCGACAUCACUGGUGCCGGAUCUCAUCGACUACAACAUGCCGCUGACCACCACCUAUCUGAAGCAGAUGAAACUUCAGUGUAUGAGUACCAAUGAGCAGGAUGAGAGUUCAGUGAGCAGUGAGGACUUUGAUAUGAGCGACCCCACAUGGAUAUCAGCUGAUCACGGCCCUGCUUCCAACCUGAGUCCCCCGAACUGCGGAGAGAGAAUGCACAGCCCCCAGAACGCACACAUUAAGGAGGAGGACGAUGACUCAUCCUCAGAGAGCGGCAGCGGGAAUGGCAUGCACACCAUGACACCUCCGUCCGCGGGUGGGACGGCCCCGGGGUCAGAGGGGGGUGCGGGUGGACCCCCCUACAGGGAGGUGGUAAACGGCAAUGGGCCCCUGGCCCCGCUAGACUUCAGCACCACCUCCUCGUCCUCAUCGUCCGAGGAUCAACAGGCACCGGUCAACCUGAGUGAGACCAGGCUGCCCGGGACAGCCCUGAUGGGCCCCUUCCAGCCCGACCCCGCAGAUGAGCUGCGCAGAAAGUACCCUGUCAAGCCCCUCCCCCAUGCUGCUGAGCUGUGCCUGGACAGAGACUCGAUCAGGGACUACGGCAACAAGUCUCCUCAGUACAGCUCAGGAAGCUACGACUCAUUGAAGAUGGAGACGUGUGCCGAGGACCUGACCGUGAGCAGAGGUGCGGCGGCGGCGGCUGAGGACGAUGACGAUGACCAUGAAGAUCACGACGACAAUGAUAAGAUCAACGACACGGAGGGCGUGGACCCCGAGAGACUAAAGGCCUUUAACAUGUUUGUGCGUCUGUUUGUGGAUGAGAACCUGGACCGCAUGGUGCCCAUCUCCAAGCAGCCCAAGGAGAAGAUCCAGGCCAUCAUCGAGUCGUGCAGUCGCCAGUUCCCCGAGUUCCAGGAGCGCGCUCGCAAGCGCAUCCGCACCUACCUCAAAUCCUGCCGCCGCAUGAAGAAGAGCGGCAUGGAGACACGACCCACACCACCUCACCUCACCUCAGCCAUGGCUGAGAACAUCCUGGCAGCCGCCUGCGAGAGUGAGACACGCAAGGCUGCCAAGAGGAUGCGCCUGGAUGUCUACCAAGCACAUGAGGAGCAGAUAGCACUUGACAAGCCCAGUUCUCGCGAGCCGGCCUCCCUGGCCCACUCUGCCUACUCCCUGGCCGCCUCGGCCUACUCCCAGGACCAGCUCUACACCAAUGGUGGGCUAAACUACAGCUACCGUGGUUACGGGGGCCUGGGCGCUAGCAUGCAACACCCAGUCUCACUGACAACCGCCACUGCUCAGAGCAACGGCCCUACUGACCUCAGCAUGAAGUCCCUGGGGUCCAACUCUUCAUCGGCCAGCUCAAACAGUCACGGGCGGAGUGCUGUUGGCGUAGGUGGCGGGGCCUCGGCACAGCUCAGCCCCACAGAGAUCACGGCCGUGCGGCAGCUCAUCGCCGGCUACCGCGAGUCGGCCGCGUUCCUGCUCCGCUCGGCCGACGAGCUGGAGACCCUGAUCCUGCAGCAAAACUGAGCCGGAAAAUCCUCCUCCCCGUCUCCCUCCUUCUCCCUCUCUCUCGCCGACUCUCCCACACGACCCCUAACCAAUCACUCUCCCACUCACCAGAUCCAUCUGUCUGUGAUUCGUCCUCCACUGACCUGUACACUCUCCCCGUCUCCAGGAGGGAGGCAUGCAACAGUGCUACAUUCCUCUAAUCUAAUAGUCUAACCCCCCCGUUUUAAUCGUUUUAACAUCAGUGCGUGGAGAGAAAGAGCACUGUCUGCGACGACUUGGGAACAGCAUUUCUCCCUCUCUUGAACCACCUGUAAAGGAACAAGCUCCCUCCAAUCAUAACAGCUCUCCCUCACCUCCACAGCUCUGUGGAAAGAAGAGAGAUGACAGGGAGAGAGCCGUAAAUGAGUCUACCUAGUGAUGUGGGGGAGAGUGGUGGGACUGGAGCACUGGAGAACACUGCAGGGUUGUGCUGUGAUGAGAAGAGACCAGCGCCCCCUUGUAUGAGGAAGAGAAGUGGAUCCUUUUUGUGUUCCAGGAAGCUCAAUGUGCUACAGUACACAGAUCACAGAUCCCCUCACCAAGCUCGCCAUCCCCAAUAACAAUGAAAACGAGACUCUCUGAAUAGUAGUAACAAAAUGUUUGUUGAUGACAAAUACUUUUGAUUUGAGAUCUGAAUUUGUUUGUUUAACUAUAAGAAGACAUUUUGAACCACUUUUUGGAUAAACAGAGGCUAAGGAAGAAGGCUGGAAAGAAAGAGACAACUUGUUGCGCUCAGUGUAAAUAAACUCUCUCUGUCCUAAAGCACUUUCCCAUGAUUCAGACCUCACCUCCCCAUUGAGUAAUAAAGAACUCGAUGUCCCUGGGAGCAACACUUUAACUUAUGCAUUAUGGAGAUGCCAUCUAUUCCACAUGGAAAUACCUCAGAUCUACUACUGGGUGGCGACAUCACACAAUGCUCAUCACACAACGCUCACCAGUUACUACCUGAUGUGUUCAGUGUUUUCAUAGACCUGCAGGAAGCAAAGUCUUAACCAUUUCAAGAAGAUUCCAGAAUAAAUAUUGUAACUAUAGUUCAAAUUUUACAAAAGUAUUGUUUGUCCCGUUAUUUGUAUACUGUAAAUAUUCAGUCCAUAUUUGAUUCUAGAAACACCAUGAAGAGAACAUGAAAAAGCAUCAGUAAAAUGAAGGACUGGGGGCAAGGAAGUAUUUUCUGUGGGAGAAUGAAACUCUCCAACGAUAGAGUCCCCCCUGUUUUCCAACCCUCUGGUGGCUCGUUGCUCCCCCAUCAAUUCCAGGUUUUGGUUUGUCCCGACUCAUCACUCGAUGAUACCCUGUCUCUUUCUGUGUCUGGUUCUGCAUUCCUCUCAUGAACCUAUCCCCCUCCUCUGGACCUAUACAUCCACCACCCCCUUCUCCUCCCUGACCUGAGGCCAGUCCAGCUUGGAUCUGGGAGGGAUAAUUUAUGUCUUUGUCUAUUGACUCUUUGAGAUGGCCAUUAAUCCACGCUGCUGCUAUAUGUACCAGACUUUUGCCACAGACGUGUAACCUCAAGUCAGGACACCAUCAUCCUGCACAACCAGAGCACCUCAAGACAACAACACAAACAAAAAAAAGCUAAAACUACUCAAAAUGGAUAACAGAGACUAAAAUCGAACUUUUAAAAAACGACAUGCCAUCCCAGUCAGUUGUUUCUCUCUGCUACUAGGCACUCUGGUUGAUCUUUUUGUUCUUUCAUAGGGCUGUGUUGUUUGUACAGUGACUUUUUCCUUUUUGCUUUCUUCAUGUCUUUGAACCUCUGGAGGCGUAUAGGGAUCAGUGUGCUCCUCUUGCAGCCACUCACAAGGGUGCUCUGGGCCUAUCUUACUGUAUAAUGUGCAGUCAAAGUCUGGGAGGUUUGUACCUUUUAGAAUGAGUGUGAGAGAAAAAAAUGCUAAAUGUUUCUUCAAGAGGCAAGCCAGAAGGGGCUCAUUGAUGUGUCACUGUAAUUUGCUCCCUUUUGCACACUGAAGCAACAGAAAUCUGUGACGGGGGCCCUGCUUGUUCAGGGCUCCAUCUUGCGCUGGUGAGGUGUGUCCUACUAAAGGAAAGAGGACGAGUAUUGCAAUGCAGUUGAUAAUCAUCACAUUCCUGGCCCUUGAAAGCAUAGUGUUAAAGAAAAUAGGCUACCUGAACCCAUAGUGUGUGUCCUACGACGUAUCACAACCACCACUAUUGAGGGGGACCCUUGUGUAAAUGAAAGCCAUUGAUUUAGGUGUGCUAGCUCCGUGGCCUGAGAUUGAAUGGAGCACUGUGCUCACUGGUGACCCACUCUGAACCACAGAACAACACCUUGAUCUAGCCGCCCAGCAUACAUGUGCAAUGUCAAAUCUGAUCUCCAUAAUGAGUACACAUUGAUGUACAAAUAUUUAAUUUAUGGAAAUAUUAUGGCUGGAUAGAAAGUAGAAAAUAGAGUCCAAGACGUCCUAUUUAUCGCAGACAAGCUCUUGAUUAGAUCUGCUUAGUGGGUAAAAACGACACAAACACAAGAGAAAUAUGCAAAAUGACCAGUCAAGGGGAAACCCCUCACUGUGUUCUCUCGCAACGUGGCUGUGAGGGCUUCAAAAUUAGUUUUCUUAUAAGUAUCGCCCUCAUUUCUGUGGAUCCAUUCCUCACUCUGCUCCUGCCCUGGGGGUCUUAGGCUACAAUUACCUCAGCACAUACAACUAUAGCAGUGUAUCAGUACAGUAACAUAGUAGAUUAAUUACAGUAUGACAGGUUUUUUUUUUUUUU